AUGAUUAUUGAGCUACAAGGUACACUUGAUAGCUGUGGUCGAUCGCUUGCAAAUGAGACUCUGGGUCAUCUCACUUGGCGGAAAGAUAACUCAGAAGCGUUGUUGCUGAUAGGCCAUCAUCUCCUUGAAGGCAAGGUUUGUCGAGUUGAAUGA